ACAAAAAAUUAUCAAAAUAAUAAUUAUAACAAAUACACAGCAUUGGAAAUGAGGCAGAGAUGAAUUUAAGUUUGCAAAUUUUCCAGGUUGCAAGAAGAGGAAGGAAAACUAACAAACUCCUCUGCGUCACUUCCACCCUCAGAGCCGAUGAUCUGCAUCGUUGCAUUGCAAGACAACAGUUUCUCCUGAGCUGAAACCAAACAGUUAAAAAGAGAAGAAGUGAUGAGUUUUUCUGCAGCAACUGGGUUUGUUGUCCUGUUCCUCUCUGUGACAGUGGGACAAGCUGAACCUGCCUGGUCAGUUAAAUAUGAUCGAUCUCAGAUCUGUGCCUUAAGAGGAUCAACAGUGAUGAUAAAAAGUUCCUAUACAUAUCCAUCUAGAAUAGAUGGAAAAAAUGCAGAAGUUAAAACAAUGUUCUGGUUCACUAAAGAAAAUAAUCAAGUCCCUGUGGAUCUGAAGAAGGACUCUGAUUAUAAAAGUCGAAUAACUUAUGAAUCUACAAAGAGCAGCAGCAUUCUGACAAUCAAAGAUCUGAAACAGAGAGACUCAGCUGAGUACAAGUUCAAGUUCAUAACAAACCAACCAGGUAGAGAAUUUACUGGUUCACCUGGAGUCACCUUGACUGUUCUAGACCUCAGAGUUCAGGUCAGAAGAUCAGAGACGCAGACGGAGCUGAAGUGUGAAAGCAGCUGUGAUCUAACCAAACCUCCUUCAUAUGUUUGGUUCAACAAAAAGAAGAAAAUGGAGGAACAGACUUCUUCUAUACUCGUCUCAGUCAGAGACGGAGACAGAUAUUCCUGUUCUGUUAAAGGACACGACAAUCACCGCUCUGCCUCUGUGUAUGCUCCAGAGUUUCUCUCUGCUAAACUGAUCUCCUCUGGUCAGAUAACUGAGGGGCAAUCAGUGACUCUGAGCUGUAGCAGUGGUGCUAACCCAGCAGCUAACUACACCUGGAGGAAGAACAACAACCAAUCAGUUGUCAGUAAAGACCAACAGUUUGUCCUCAGCUCCAUCCUGUCCUCAGACUCUGGACAGUAUUACUGCACAGCUCAGAACGAGCUGGGAGAGAAAACGUCUGGACCCGUCUCUGUCCAGGUCACAUAUGCUCCCAGGUCUCCCUCUGUGUCAGUGACUCCCUCUGAUGACAUCAUGGAGGGCAGCCUGGUGACUCUGACCUGCAGCAGUGAUGCUAACCCAGAAGCUAACUAUACCUGGUAAAAGGAGGGAGAGGAGGAACCAAAAGCUUCAGGACGAAACUUCACCAUCACUAACAUCAUGUUCAAGCAGAGAGGAAAUUAUAGCUGUGAAGCUCAGAACAGCAGAGGGCGCUAUAACUCCACUGUGACUGUGAACGUUGUGGCAACACCAAGGAACCAAGUCGCUGCUGCUGCUGCUGCAGUUCCUGCUGUUUUCCUGAUUCUCACACUCAUCGGCCUCUUUUUGUGGAUUUUCAGAAAAACCAAAGUGUGGAAGCAGCAGUCCAAACCUGGAGCAGGACAAGUUCCCAGAGAACAGGUGAACCCAGAAGAGGAACAUGUUGCCUACUCUUUUGUCGAGUUAGCAACAAAACAAGAAGAGCCUCUUUACUCCAACAUUAACCCAACUCGGUCCAAGAGACACAAGAAGAAGAGGAAGGAAGAAGAGAUGGUGGAGUAUAGCUCUGUUAACUGUGGUAGAACCAGAACUGAUGCAAGAACCGAGUCUGAAAAGCAGGACACUGUGGAGGAUCCAGCUGCCUUGUACAGCACAGUCAACAAACCGAGAAGGAACGGAAGAGAAACUCCUACUGGUUUAUAAAUGACUUUUACUUUUAUUCUCCAUUACUUUAUUCACAGAAACUCCUGUUAGUGUAUAAAUUAAAAGUACUUUUUGUUUUUCUCUUGCUUUUCUUUUGUUGUUUUGUUUUUAUUUCCUCUAACUUAUGUAGAGCUUUGAGUUGCCUUGUUGCUGAAAAUGUGCUAAAUAAAUAAAAUGACCCACUUUGAGAACAUACGAAUCAAAAGCAAUGGGAAAUCAUUAUUUUGAUGUCAUUUGUAUUGUUAUAAUACUUCAGUUUAUUCCAGCAUAAAUAAUUAAUAUAAUUUGAUAAAUGAAGAAACUGUUUGGUCAAAAUGUGUAGUUUAAACAAAUUUUAUUUGAAUAAAAUCCACCUUUAUACAGCUUUCAGAUGAGAUGAUUUGUGUGUUGCAGAUCAUAUGCAUCUAUUGGUAACCAAUAGAUACACAACUUUAUACACAAAGAUCAGGACGACUGCCAAAAUAAAAGCCUUCAGCUAAACCAGAACAGAAAUGCUCCAGGAAGGAAGUUUCAAUAUAGUCACCAUUUAUGCUGCAAAUAUUUUUACAACCUGCUUUUGAGUUCUGUAUAGCAGACAUGAGUCAGGAAUUUAUUUUAAAUAUUGUACAUAAAUUAAAAUUUACAUUCAAUUUCUGUUUGGAAUCGUCAAAAGAUACAACUAAAGGACUGAUCAGGCAAAACGUUUUACAUUUUUUGGAUGAUUUGAGAUUUUAGCAAGAUCUCUUUAAAACCAGAAAUGUAAAAAAAAAAAAGUUCAUUAGAUAAAAU